GAGCGACGUCACCUCUACCCGCUUCCUCUGAUCAGAGGAAUGAGGAAGACGAGUUCAUCAACUGGCUAGAGAGGACACAGCUUAGGUUAUUACAUAAAAACAAGUUUUCUGGACGAAACUGAGUGUAUUUGUUGAAUUAAUCCACCUGUGUGAUGGUGCGCGGCUGCCCAGGAGGAGGCUGGUGCGCUCGCUUCGUGGAGACGCACCGGUCAGGGCUGAAUUUCGCCCUGCUGGUUGUCUGUUACAUUCUUUACUUGAUUAUCGGUGCCGGUAUUUUCUCCGCCAUCGAGCUGCCCUACGAACACGAGCUUCGGAAGGAGCUGAAAGAAGCCCGGCAGGACUUCCUGACGGAAAGCCCCUGCGUGUCCGACGCGCGUCUGGAGGAGCUGCUGGCCCGCGCAUUGGAGGCCAAUAACUAUGGAGUGUCCCUCCUGGGGAACGACACCAGACACAACUGGGACUUUGUGUCCUCCUUGUUCUUCACCAGCACCGUGCUGACCACUACAGGCUAUGGCCACACUGUUCCACUCUCCGAUGCAGGGAAGGCCUUCUGCAUCUUCUACACCCUCUUCGGCAUCCCAGUCACCCUCUUCUUCCUCUCUGCUGUGGUGCAGAGGCUCAUGGUCCUGGUGUCUCGCCGUCCGGUGUCCUACUUCCACCGGCGAUGGGCUGUGGACAGGUCGAAACUAGCUGCCAUUCACGCCACCUGCCUCGCCGUCCUCCUGACCCUGCUGCUCUUCAUUGUUCCUGCGUGGAUCUUUGUCACCCUGGAGUCAGACUGGAACUUUCUAGAGUCGCUGUAUUUCUGCUUCAUCUCUCUGACCACCAUUGGCCUCGGAGAUUAUGUCCCUGGAGAAACUCAUAGUAAAGAGGCCAACCCACACCCACAGCUGUACAGACUGGCCAUUACAGUCUACUUGCUGGUGGGCUUGGUGUGCGUCCUGGUGGUGAUGGAGACGUGCUACGAGCUCCCCCAGAUAAGACGCUUCAGGCAGAGGUUCUACCAAGAAAAAGUUCGGGAGCUGGACUCUGAGACCACCAACAUCAUCAACCAGGAUCACCUGAGCGACCCUGCAGAUGACUUGACGGAUCACCUGCCAACCAUUCCUUCUGUGUCGGAACAGGCGGCGUCCCUGCGGCAAAACCAUACACCAGCGCCUUACACCCCAGCAUCAGGAUCUGCUGUUAAUGGAAAACUGAGAUGACCGAUUGUGUGGGGGAUUGUGGUGUCUUUUUUAAGGGACUGCUAUGUGAACUUUUGCAGGAUACAUGGCUGCUCAUGACACACCAGCUUUGACCUUAAGGUGCGUAUAUGAGAGUAUAAACAGCCCCAGUGUUCUCUUGAAAGCUCUUUAGAGAGUGAUUGCUCUCUACCAGUGCCAACACCAACAUUGCAUUAGUGGUUUAAAGCAGGAACCACCCAGAGAUUAUCAGCAUGGCAUUGUUUUCUCCCCUGUUGUUCCAUUCCCUGCAGAUACAGAUCUGACACAGAGGAAGGGUUGGGCCCCCCCAAAACGGAGGGAAACCUUGCGAGUUUCCACUUCCUGCCAAAGUCUUGAUGCCGUAAGGCGGCACAGUUUGUUUUAGAGGAUUUCACACCCGCUCUUAGUACAUUAUAUAAUCUAUGGUGGUAUUUGCAUAGGAAAUGUACCUCUUUGGAUAUAGCAAAGCUGUACAGUAGCAGGAGAAUCCGGUGUGCCAUCUGUUGGCCUGCUGUACCUCAUUUGCAAGGAUUCCAAGAAGCAGAUUAAGUGAUGGCAAUGAGUAAACAUUUUUUCUUCCUUGUUGCUUAUAGUUGCUGAUUAGUUUUCAGCUCCGACUGGCAUUCGGAAAUAUUUUAACAACACUGCAAUGUACACUUUUAGCCACUAGAUGGAAGCACUUUCAUGUUACAGGUAGAUUUAAAUGAAGCUGUUACUGGGGAUUUUAACUCUCAUGCUGCUUUAGAGGGAGUGAUUCUGAAAAACGUAAUGAAGCUACAAGAAUAUAUCAUUGUUACAACUGUGGGUCAGGCUGUGGAAAGAAGCAGUUUUGCAUGACAUUGUUUUGUCACAGUUUACAGCUCUUCUGAACUCAAUGUGCAGUUAGCAAUGCCUGUUUUAUGUCAUCGAGUGUUCUUCAUUUUUACAUCUUACACAACAGCUGUAAAAGGUUCAAAUCACAGGAAUCAAAAUGAUAUAACUUAUUUUCCACAGAUCAUUGUCAUUUUGAUGGUUUAUGGGUUUUAAUGAAAAGCAGGACUUUGCAAUGGUGUUUUUUUUUUUUAUGAAAUCCAAUUCUGGAUAAAAUGUAAAUAAAUCAUGCAACAAUAAACAUUAAAUAUGUAUGUAGU